UUAUCUUCGGCCGGCGAGGUCGCAAGAUGUGGGUUCAUUCUCCUGCUCUACUUUGAACGUUGAGGUUGUUGUAGGUUAUAUGCGACUUGCGGUACCGAAACGAACUAGAAUUUGUGCCGGCGGUCGUCAUUUUUCACGCAACGAUGGGUGGGUUUGCAUGGGUCACACUUGCCACAAAUGAUUCAUAUUCUCUUGGUGCUUUGGUCCUGGGACAUUCAUUAAGACGAGCCGGCUCACCACAUGACUUGGUUGUACUAGUCACUCCUGGUGUAUCAGCUGCUAUGAGGAACCAGCUGUCAUCAAUCUUCACUCUCGUUCAAGAAGUGAAUGUUCUUGAUUCACAUGAUGAAGCAAAUCUUGCCCUACUGGAGCGUCCUGAACUUGGAAUAACGUUUACGAAACUUCACUGUUGGCGCCUGACACAGUAUGAUAAAUGUGUCUUCCUUGAUGCUGACACUCUGGUGCUGAAGAAUUCUGAUGAAUUGUUUGAGCGAGACGAAUUGUCAGCUGCUCCUGAUCCUGGUUGGCCAGACUGUUUCAACUCGGGUGUAUUUGUUUAUCGACCGUCAUUAGACACUUUCAAUGACCUUAUUAAAUUUGCCCUUUCUAAAGGAAGUUUUGAUGGUGGUGAUCAGGGCCUUUUGAAUCUAUUUUUCUCUGAUUGGGCAACAAAGGAUAUAAGCCGACACUUACCAUUUAUUUACAAUAUGGUUUCUACAGCUACAUACUCAUACCUUCCAGCUUAUAAACAAUUUGGCGAAGGUGCAAAAAUUGUACAUUUCAUUGGGUCAAACAAACCAUGGCUUCAGUACUUUGAUUCUGAGACUCGGUUAGUGAGACCACCUCAGGGUUCUGAGCAUCUACAGAACUUGCUUCAGCUGUGGUGGGACAUUUUCUGUUCCACUGUACAUCCAAGCCUGUCGCCAGAUAUGGCCCACUGCAGUUCUAACGAGACUCGAACAGACACUGCUCCGCAAAUAGUUUCACAUUUCAUCAUCGAUCAGUUCCAAAGAUUUCAACCUAUGUCUGUUUAUUCAGAAUAUCAGCCAAUAUCCAUCACUCCUUAUAUCGAAGAUCCAGGUUUGGGCUUUUGGGAUCCCUGGGAAAAUUACAAGGAACAGUCUAACACCAAGUAUAAAAAUCAUUCUUCACACAUACCUUUAUGGAAUUACCAUGGGUCAGAACAACAACAUAGAGCAUUUGAAAAUGACAAAAGACAAUCUGGAUGGCAGAGACAUAAGUAUCAGAAUCUGGAUAAUGAACAGAAUGUUGUAUCUUCAGGUGAAACUUUCCAGACACAUUCACAUCAUUCCACUCAGUCAGCCGAUAAUAAUGAUUCAUUUCAUGAUCCUCAACAUCAUUCUCAGCAAAACCAUCAGCAGUCACAACCACAUCAGUCAUAUCAGCACAGCCAUCAUGAAGCACAUCAUCAUAAUGAGCAACUUCAUCACCAAGAAUUUCACAAUCACCCUGAAAUACAACACCACUAUGAACCACAUAAGGAACCUAUACAUCAUCACCAACUACAUUAUCACCAUGAACCACAUAAUCAGUCUGAACCACACCAUCAACCACAUUACCAGCAUGAACCAUAUAAGCAGCCUGAACUACAUCAUCAUGAACCACAGCACUACCAUGAACACCACGAUCACACUCAAACAGAACACCAUGGUCGCCUUGAACCUCAUCAUCAGGAACAGCAUCAUUGGUACAACCAAGAAUCUCCAGCCCAUGAUGAACACCAACAUCUUGAUCACCAACAUCAUAAUGAAUACCAUCAACAUCAUAGUCACCAACAUCACAGUGAACACCAUCAAUAUUAUGAUCAUCAACACCAUAGUGAACAUCACCAUACUGAUCACCAUCACACUGAACACCAUCAUAAUGAUCAACACCAUGAUCACCACAGCCAUAACAAACAACAAUCAGUACAUGUACAUAGUGCACAACACCAAAACCAACUACAUUAUCAAGAAACAUACCACGUAUACAAUGAGCCACCUCCACCAGGGGAAAGACAGAACCAUAAACACGGACAUGGGGAUCACCAGAACCACCAACCACAACCUGAUCCACCUCCCCCUGCUUCCUCUGUUAGCACUACUGUUAAUAACAGCAAGUAUAUUAAAGUAACCAAUGAGCCUGAAUGUUUAGUAGCUCAGCCAACACUGGAGGACAAAUCAUCUAAAGCUGCAGAAAAUAAUCUGGGCUUGGCUGGUGCUCUAGCUAAAGUAACUCUUGGAGUUCCUCGUUCAGCCGAGCAGGCAGCAUUUGAGGAACACAUGAGGAAGCAGGCAUGGGAGCAAGGCAGUAUUGAUUACAUGGGUCGUGACUCAUUUGACAACAUCUGGCGCAAGAUCACAGAGACACUGGCUCAGGCACCAUCUAAACCACAGGCGCAAAAACCUGCCACAGCAGAGAUUCCGCUCACAAUACCUGUGCCAGUACCAAUACUCCCUGAACCAAAAUCCACUACUCUUCCUUUGACAGAUGCUGAUGAUGCACCAGGAAUUACAAGUUCUACGACUGACCCAACAGCACCAGCUCUUCAGUCAACACAGCAUAGUGAACCACCACUACCAGAACCCUCAGAGCCUGCUGUACCUCCAGUUUCUUUCAAAGGCCCUGUUCUGCCUCCUUCUUCAGGUGAACAAGCUGUUAAUGUGGGACAGUCAAUUCCACACACCCCAUUAAUAACUGAAGCCACACCUCCCACAUCACCUCCUAUAGGUGUACCUGCAGCUGACAGCAAAGCACUUACAGUCGAUGUACAACCACUAGAAACACCCCCAGUGGAAUCCACAACUUCAAAAAUGUUGUCUGAAACACAAAUACCUGCCCCAACCACACAAGUUACACAGACCUCAGAAUUUCCUGUACAGACAGAGGCAAAAUUGAUUGAACAGGAAAGUAUCCAACUUAUUUCUAAAGAAUUGGCUGCAGUGGCAGAAAUAGAAGCAACUGAACAAAAAGAGGCUCUGUCAUCUUCUCAGCAACUAAUUCCUACCCAUGAAAUUCCUACAGCUCCUGUAACAGUGGAAACAAAACUCUCUGAUGCUCCAUCUCCGUCUCAGCAAAUACCCACUGAACAAGAAAGUCCUGUAGCUGCUCCUACCCUGCAGAUACUUCCCACGCAAGAGAGUCCUUCAACUCCUGUAGCUCCUCCUAUCCCGCAGAUACUUCCUGCACAAGAGAGUACUUCAACUCCUGUAGCUUCAUCCACUCCCAUACAAACUUCAACACAAGAGUUUCCUGUAGCUGCUCCUGCCCUGCAGAUACUUCCCACGCAAGAGAGUCCUUCAACUCCUGUAGCUCCGUCCACUCCCAUACAAGAGGUUCCUGUAGCUGCCCCUACCCCGCAGAUACUUCUCGCGCAAGAGAGUACUUCAACUCCUGUAGCUACAUCCACUCCCAUACAAACUUCCACACAAGAGGUUCCUGUAUCUACUCCUGCCCCGCAGAUACUUCCCACGCAAGAGAGUCCUUCAACUCCUGUAGCUCCAUCUACUCCCAUACAAGAGGUUCCUAUAGCUGCUCCUACCCCACAGAUACUUUCUACGCAAGAGAGUCCUUCAACUCUUGUAGCUCCAUCCACUCCCAUACAAACUUCCACACAAGAGAGUCCUUCAACACCUGUAGUUCUGUCCACUACCAUACCAGCUCCUACACAUGAGGUUCCAGCAGCUCCUAUAGUCUACCAGGAACUCCCUCCUACACCACCUGCAAGUCCUGGUACAGUAGAAACAAAACCGGUUGAGACCCCGCCUUCAACUCUGACUCCUGUGUUGCCUGGAAAAACAGAAGCCAAGCCAGUUAAACAAAAGAAAUCCCCUCCUGCCCCUGUUGAACACACAAAAUCCCCAUCUGCACCUCCAACUCAAGAAGGUGUUCAGCAAGGAGUGGCAACUGCUGUUCAACCACCAAUCCCAUUGCAGGAAGUUCCAAUUUCCAUGACAACAGAUAAAACAAAACCCACCAUUGCAGAAACUGUGCCUGUAGCAGAGAAGCAAGGUCCUCAACCAUCACUAACUACAGAACAGAAAGUUGAUCCUCCCAUCCUAUUAUCUUCUGCACCUUCAUCAGAUUCUAAGGAACUUCCUAAGAUACCUACAGUGGCAAAAGCUGCUUCUGAAGACCCUACUCCAACAGUUCGAUCAAAAAAAGAGUUAUCAUCUGUUCAGGAUGUUCCAAAAAGAGCAGCAGAAACAAGAUCUUCUGUUGGGCAAAAGGACACCCCUGUUCCUUCACCACAGUCAAAACCUGAAGAACCUUCUAAGUCAGUACCAACAAAGCCAUCAGCUCCUGUGUCUCCUCCCUCAUCACCAGAUGCAUCUCCCUCGGAUCAAGCUCCAAUUCCUCCUAAGAGACGUGGUCACAAGGGGCCAGGAACAUCAGCAACUGAUCAAGGAGCUGCUGGUAAGCCAGCGUCCCAAUCCCAACCAAGCAAAGCUUCUAAACAAGGUCAGAAGGGCAAAAAAUAGUAAUGAUGUCACUUUACUCUUUGCCAUUUUAUUAUGAUGUGCCUUUAUCUGAAUUUAAAAGUGAAUUAUUUAAUGUUCCACUUCUGUGUAUUCACUGAGAUUACCAAAAAAGGAAAAGCAAAUAAAUUUUAAAAGUGUAUUGCAUGUUGACUGAAUUAUGCAUUUUCACAGAAUUGAAUCAAACAGAUAUUUGUAGCGCAGCUGUGAAUUCUCUUCAUUAGGAUAUACAUUCUUAGGAUGUUUAGCACACUGUAUUAUGUAAAAGUGAGUUAAUAUUUAAAUAACAAUUUUUCCAUGAACCACCAUUAUAACUUCCAGAUUAGGUUAACAUUGCAUGGUUUGAAAAUGUACUGGUCACCAGAAUUAUGAUUUUAUUUAUUUGCUAAAAUGUGUUUACAUAUGUUACUUCAAUUAUUAGUUAUAAAAUCGGAGUUAUAUUUUGCUAAUGAUAUUGAAAUGUAUUUUUACUUUUCUGCCAGAGUUGUUUCCUUUCCGAUGUUUAUUUCAGCUUCCAAGUCCUCUUCAAAGCAUUAUCAAAUCACAAUGUUUACUAAGUGCUGAUACAUGAUGUGAGAGUGUUUGUUGUUUAUUUUUGCAUCCAUUAAUUAGCCAUUUAUGUGACUUAAAAUGUUUGACUCCUUAAGAAAAUUGUGAUUACUUUCUCAAAAUUUAUACACACUUUGUCAAGGGGUUAAUAGUCUCUUUAUGUAACACACACAUCAACUGGUACGUCUUCUUCAUCUGUUCAUAGUUCAUGCAUACUGGCAAUUCAUUCAGAUAUGAGUAAAUACUUAUGUUUGUACUGUAUGUCUAAUGUAUGAUUUUUUUGUUUAUUUUAAGUGUGAAAUGUUAACAGUUAUGUAGAAAAUUAGUGUUACAUUUUAGGAAAUGGUGCUUGAAUUUUGCACAGGAGAUAAUGCAAAAUUAUAUCAGAGAAAUGGAAACUUACUAUUUGUAAGCUACUUAUAUUAACAUGUUAUACGAAAGUUUAUGAAAUGUUUGAGUAUAAAGCAUAAUUCCUCUCAAUUAAUACGAAAGUCCUUUUUUUACCUUUCUUCUUUCAUUGGAGCCAAAUUUUUGCACUUAACGGUAUAAUAGGACUGAAUUCAAUUAGUACUUGUAUGAGGAAGUAUAAUAACCAUUUUUUAUCAAUCUGAACUUGUUACAAGUUUCUCAUCUCUUUUUUUAUGAGUAGAGGUGGAAGCCGAACUUCCGUCAGUAAGAAAUACAGGAGGAUGAUAUGAAAAACUGUUUUUUGCAUGAACUUUAUUUGGAAUGAAAAAAACUUUAAAGUAAACAAGGGCAAAAUUUAAGUGAAUUGUAUAGUUGAUUUUCCUGUCUUGGUACUAAAAUGUAUCUUUCAUUAAAAAUAUUUACUAAACCUUUGGCUAGUGCAGUAUGAAGUAAAAUACAAUGUUUGGGAAAGUUUUGCUUCGCAUAGCAUAUUGUUAAUAUUUCAUGUUUUCUUUACGAGAAGCUUGCCAUAACAUGAUGAAAACAUUAUAAACAGGUCUUUAAUUAAUUAGAAGCUUGUUAAGUGGAGACUGUUUUAUAGUGUCAGUGUCAGCAUUCACAUUUGUGUAGAGAGAAGUCGCUGAAUAGGUCUGACAUUGUCUUUCGUGUCUUGAUUUUUGUAACAUAAAAGGUAAAAAAUUGAGCUCUGUAUAGAUUGUCUAGUGAUCUUUUCUAAUUUAAUUGAACAUGAUUUUCUAUGCAAACAUUAACUGGCUUUGCAGUUGAGAACAGGUAAUAUGUAACGUCGAUGUGAAGGAAGUUAUUCUGCUAUUUUCUGUCUGUUAUUUGAGCUGUUUUUAAAAUGAAGUGGAUGUUUUUUUAAGAAACCUCUGUAUUUAAUUCUAAUAGUUUAUGGAGUAUGUCCAACAUAUGCUACCUUAUAUUUUUUAGACAAUAUCUUUGUUGAAAUGUAGUUCAUGUUAUGUGAAAAUGAGAACGUGUCAUCCAUUUUACAGGUGUGCGUAUGUACUGUGUUCCUGUUGCAUCUAGUCUGUAAAAAGUGCAAGAUGUAUGUUAUCUGGUUUAAGUUUUAUAUGUACACAUUUUGCUGGAUUCCUAGUAAAAUAACAGUUUAAAAUAUAUCUUUAAAAUUUUUAGUUUAUUGCUAGAUUGGUCUGUACAAUUAGCAACAUUUGGCUACGUUCUUGAAAUUGCUACCUUCUAAUGCUAUUAUAAUUUAUUUCUGUGCCAUGUAUUACUAGGCUCACAUAAUGAAGACGACUGAAGAUGUUGAAAGUAAACGUGCCAUAUUCUAAUUUCGGGCUUUAUGUGUUUCAAGGUAAUAGUAAACAAAUCAAAAGGGAACAUUAUUUACCAAAGUAAUAUUGUACUGUAAGGGAACCUUUGGGAGCAGUAACCAUAAUACAACUUUCUGACCAUUUUUAUGACUUUGUGAUAAAAGUAUUUGGGAAGAUGUGUUAUGGUUACAUUCCACUACGUGGUUGAAGAUUUUGGAGCAGUAAUUGUAGCAGCAGAUGGAACAGGAGAAAUGCAGUAUACAUGUAGCAAAUAGCAUUAACUCAGAAUUGUUGAACAUCACUGAAUACUUCCUCUUGUUUAAUAUGAAUUGUCAUAUACAGGACUGAAUGAUAUGAUAUAUACAUCUUGAAAACUUGUUGAACUAAGAUUGUGUGUUAAUUGAAGGGUGUGAUUAAUUAACAGUGUAUGUAUAUUGUCAAAAUAAAUAAGAUUUUUAAAGUAAAA